AUGAACUACAUAGAGCCCAGCAUCAAGACCAGGUAUUUGUACAGCUGCAUACUCGCCAAUGAAUACGGUGGAAAACGGCAGAACAAGCCCCUCCUUGAACUCACAAAACAUAUGGCUCAGGAAUUCCAUGACCUCUUCUACACGGGUGUUGAAAUCAUGCGCGGCUCAGGCGAACCGGAAACCUUAUUUCCGGUGGUUAUUGGCUUGAAAGGAGACUGGGGAGGGCUAUCGAAAAUUGGAACCUUGAGCCGGAGUUAUACCCGGGACACGCCCACAAAGCCGCACGGGCCCGGCAUCUGCCAUCUUUGCAGGGCAGGACAGAAAUCUCACCCGUGGCACAAAGUUGAUUACGACUCAAUGAUGAAAGCCCGUCAAGACGUGGAACCUCCAUGGAAGCGUCCCCCCCCACUUGUGCAAUACAUCCCGAUGGACGUGACGCGAGCUGCAGAAUUCUUCCGGCCAGACCUGUUCCACACUUGCCACAAAGGUGUGUCAGCCGACGCAUGUGCGAACUCGAUUGUGACACUCAUCGACUUCGAUUACUACCCGAAUGGGAGCUUUCCACAAAAGCUUGACGAGAUCUACGAGGAGAUACAAGCCUUCUGCAAAAACAACCAGAAGUUUUUACACAUGCUGAAGUUGACUCGCAGCGCGAUUGGAUAUUCAUCCUCCGCUGAAUACCCCACAGGGUCUUGGUUCAAGGGGGCGGAUACAACGGUGCUGAGCCUGUUUCUGGAAGAGAAAUAUGCAACACUUCUGCCGACAUGUCCGGCUGAGCUGAAGCCGUAUUUUGUAGAAGUGCAUCGAACCAUUCGCAGCUCGAACGAGUUUCUCAAAGGAUUGUACCAUGCUGAUACCUGGCUGACGGAAGCAGAGCGAAGACACGCGAUCGAAUCUGGUCGCUGCUUUCUGAACAGUUUCAAGUUCUGCGCUGAGCAUGCGUUCUUGCAGUUGAACCUUACUCGAUGGAAGUACCAGCCGAAAUACCAUCUAUUUGCGGAGGUGAUUUUCCUUCUGGAGAAGAAUCUCCAUGAAGGUGUUUCUAGUCUAAACCCGCUCAUCGAAGCAACACAAGUCGACGAAGAUUUUGUCGGUAAAGUCAGCAGGUUCUCGUUGCAAGUGUCCGUCCGGACGAUUUCAGAGCGUACUAUCAAAAAAUACCUGCUGUCUCUGGCCUCUGCUUGGUAG